UGUUUGGAAACAAGUUUUAUCAUAUCCCCCUCUCGCGUUACGUAUGUGUGGCUAAUAAAUCAUUACUCUUUUCAAUUUCCACAAUUCCAAAUCCGGAAAAAAAUGGCUCUCCGAUCUAUCAAAACGCCGUCUGUAACUCCAACCGCCGCCGUCUCCUCCUCAGUUAUCAACAAACCACAGUCUCACAGAUUCGUCUCCAAACCGUCGGCAUCACUCGCCGUCCACAACCUCCACCAACCGAUCUCCAUCACCCGUUCGAAUCUCCUACCCAAACUCAAACCAUCAUCUCCCGCCGCGAAGUUCCGGUGCUCGGCGUCGGCGGCGCUCACGCCGCAGCUGAGAGAUACGCUGGAGAAGCUGGUGAACUCGGAGAAAGUCGUGUUGUUCAUGAAAGGAACGAGAGAUUUCCCGAUGUGCGGAUUCUCGAACACGGUGGUGCAGAUCCUGAAGAAUCUGAACGUGCCUUUCGAAGACGUGAACAUUCUGGAGAACGAGAUGCUGAGGCAAGGGCUGAAAGAGUACUCCAAUUGGCCCACGUUUCCUCAGCUCUACAUCGGCGGCGAGUUCUUCGGUGGUUGUGACAUCACUCUCGAGGCGUUUCAGAGUGGGGAGUUGCAGGAGGUGGUUGAAAGAGCUAUUUGUUCUUGAAGCUGAUUGGUACUUUGUAUUUGGUUUGGUUGUUGAUGCUUGGAUUUGGGUUUUGUAAUGAUGUUAUUAAUUAUCUCUUAUGUCCUGAACCAAAGGCUUCUAUGAUGGAAGCACUAUGUGCAUGGAACUCUUGGCAUUACAAAAGUCUUCUUGAUGUCUUAAGAGUUUAUGGUUGGUGGUAACGUAAGAGACAUAUUGUAUGAUGGAACUAGCUAUAGGACAAUAGUACCGUUAUGUGCCUGAAACUCUGUACUUUUCAAGUCUUAAGUGAGUCUCCUUGUUGAUUUGAUC